UCGUCCGCUCGCUUUUCAUUGGCCCUGAUCACUAGCGAUACCCACAAUAAGAAUCCCAGAAAAGUGCGGCCGAUUUAUCCGAAAUGUCUUUAUUUACGACCAAUAUUAUGUAUCCGACAAAAUAUAUACCUAAUGGUUACGCGACUCAAAUGGCGGAUAAACCAAAGAACAAAAUAAUAUUCCUCGAUAUCACCCCAGCUCGGACGCCGCACAUGAAAUCUCCAUCAGCCAAUUCCAUACAUCCUUUGAGGAAUAACUUAAUUGAACCGCAGAUUAACCGAGACAUAAUCUAUGAAAAUAUUAAGCCCGUGUUCUUUUUGUUGCGGGUUUUGGGCGUAUUGCCUAUUUCGAGGCCGGCGCCGGGAGUAAAUCAAUUCCAGAUCGCAUCCCCUUCCAUGCUUUAUUCUUUUGCGUGCUACAUUUGUCUCAUCGGUUAUGUGCUCUAUCUUUCUUUACACAAAGUCCAGAUUUUACGCACGGCUGAAGGUAAAUUCGAGGAGGCCGUCAUUGAAUACCUUUUUACCGUGUACCUUUUUCCCAUGUUACUGGUUCCUAUAAUGUGGUAUGAGACACGCAAGAUCGCUGAAAUUCUGAAUGGGUGGGUCGAAUUUGAGGUAUGCUAUAAAAAGUUAUCUGCUAACGUACUUCCUGUAAAGUUGUAUAAGAAAGCUCUGGCAAUAGCUGUAAUAAUCCCCAUACUGUCCACCAGCUCUGUGGUCAUCACGCACGUCACUAUGGUAGAUUUCAAAGUGAUGCAAGUUAUUCCAUAUAUUUUCCUGGAAAUUCUGACCUAUAUUCUUGGAGGAUAUUGGUAUCUUCUAUGUGAAACAUUGAGCGUAUGCGCUAGUGUGCUGGCUGAAGAUUUUCAAAGGGCGCUCCGUCACAUAGGACCUGCAGGAAAAGUGGCGGAAUACCGUGCCCUGUGGCUGCGAUUAAGCAAAUUGGCUCGAAACACCGGCAUCGCGAACUGUUACACGUUUACCUUUGUCAAUCUUUACCUUUUCCUUAUAAUCACCUUAUCUAUAUACGGCCUCCUUAGUCAAAUCUCAGAAGGCUUCGGCGUGAAAGACAUUGGGCUGGCGGUGACCGCGUGCUGCAGCAUUUUUCUCCUGUUUUUCAUCUGUGAUGAGGCGCACUACGCAUCUCAAAACGUUCGUACUAAUUUCCAAAAGAAACUACUGAUGGUGGAAUUGUCGUGGAUGAACACGGACGCACAGACCGAGGUGAACAUGUUCCUGCGAGCCACCGAGAUGAAUCCCUCGCAGAUAAGCUUAGGCGGUUUCUUCGACGUCAACCGGAACCUAUUCAAAUCGCUCCUAGCUACAAUGGUGACUUAUCUCGUCGUACUACUGCAGUUCCAAAUCAGUAUCCCCGAUGACUCACAUACAGAUAACAUGGAAAAUGAAGAAAGGCCAUUCAAUUAUACUACUGGGACAACUGAAUCUACCACAGCCACCACCACUUUAGCUACUACCAUCCUGGCAACACUAGCUAGGAAGAAAAAGAAAAACUAGC